ACAGAAGAUAAAAGACACCCUGUUGGCUUUACAAAGCAAAAGAGGGAGGGCGAGUUUGGGAGAAAGAGCAGCAGUAGCACCCUCCUUCUUUUUCAUUCACUUCCUCUCUUCCCUUCUGUGCUGAAGAGACUUCACCGCUCAGCUUGCGCCCGCCUAUAGCUUUGAUGCCCUGCAAAGGAAUUUGAUAUCUGUCACACAAGAACCACAGCAGAUCACAUGCAGUCGCAGCAAAGUGCAGAAGUGGUUGCUGAUCCGGAUGGCUCCCGGAUCAUCUUCUCCGGGAAGCCUGGAGUUUCUUCAGUUCAGCAAAUAAUAACUUCUCCAGACUUGACCCAUGAGGUGGUCAUCUCUCCUGGACUACCCACUCCUCCUCUGAGCCCCUUUCACUCUGUGAGGCUGCCAACUGGAGAAAUGAAGGUGUCAGAGCUGAAUGGAGGGACCCCAGCAACUCUCAGCUUUGGAUCAUACUAUGGACCCUCACAUUCAAACAGUGGACUGUCCAAUGGCAUCCGGGGCUCUGCCACGUUACCACGCAGCAUGGCUCCCACCAGGGAGGAGAGGCUCAUCAAGUUCUCAGGAAUCGGUCCAGUGGAUGAGACUGGGAUGCCCAUUGCUUCCAGAUCAAGUGUGAACAAACCCAAAGACUGGUACAGGAGCAUGUUCAAACAGAUUCACAAGAAACCAGAAGAACCUGAGCUGGAGCCUUCAGAGAAGUGGUCAGCUGAAAGGCUCCAGCUGUCUGCCAACACAGAAGAAAGUAAUGAAGCAGACAAGAACCUCUUCAGACUUACACCUCACGGAGCUUUACCAGACUGGAGCGAGGGUGUGGAUAGGCUGUCGGACCCAGGAAAGCAGCACCCUCAACCGAAGAGCAUAUUCGACUUUGAGCCUGGAAAGAGCACCACCUCAGAAAGCCACAGACAGGCUUAUCUAUCUGCACAGAAACAGCAAGAGAAACCAACGUCUCCUUCAAUAGAGGCCAGUCUGGUGUCCGAGCUGAGUCGAUUUGAGGCUGAGCUGGACUCGGAGAUUCAAGGCCUGGAGCGGAGACUUUCCCAGAAGAAGCAGCAUCGAGGCCGGGGUGAGGAGGCCAGAGGCAGGGACCCGCUAACUGCUCCAAAGACCGGCACUACAAACUACAGCAAUUCAUCAGCAUCAAAGCAGCCUGUCCAUCAUCCUGUUGGCCCGUCAUCAGCCUCUGCAUCAACAUAUGUAGAACGUCUUUCACCUGCAAAUGAAACCAUGGAGCUCCCACCUAAAAAAGAGGAGAAAAAGAUAAAAGCGGCACGAGCCAAGUUUAAUUUCCAGGCUCAGUCACCCAAGGAGCUCUCACUGCAGAAAGGCGACAUUGUUUACAUCCACAGGCAGGUAGAUGCCAACUGGUUUGAAGGAGAACAUCAUGGAAGAGCUGGGAUUUUCCCCACAUCGUACGUGGAGGUUCUGGCUCCUACAGAGAAGCCAACACCUAUAAAGUCUCCCACUCUCCAAGUGCUGGACUAUGGGGAAGCUGUGGCUCUGUAUAACUUCAAUGCAGACCUACCUGUUGAACUUUCUUUCCGUAAGGGUGAAGUGAUCAGUGUAACCAGGCGUGUUGAUGAUCAGUGGUUGGAGGGCAGGAUUCCAGGAACAAGCCGCAGUGGCAUCUUCCCGGCCAGUUACGUUCAGGUCAACAAGAUGCCCCGCACCAAAUACUCCAUGGAUGACUACUCACCGGGACCCAUGUCCCCCAUCUCCCCUGGACCCCAAAGUCCAGGACGUCCACUGCACUCACCUUCCCCGCGGUCACCACUGUCCCCUUUCACCUACACCUCCCUGAGCCCCAAACCCGACCACUCCCCCGUGAAACCGUCGUCACCUUCACCACUCGGCAGUCCAAUUUCACAGUCACGCUCUCCCACUCAGACACCUGUACUUAAAGAAACAGCUAAUCGCUUGCACCUCAGCACCUCCACAACUCCCACCAACCACAACAAUCACUGGGCUGGGACACACUCAGCUAACCAGAGCUCCACAGCUAGAGCCAUUUCACCCGCCACUCAUUCAUCAACGUCAGCACACAGAGCAGGAGCUCCCACAGCGAACACUCCCCGAUACUCUGACCACUCACAGGGUGCAAUACCCAAUCAGGCUGCUCCGCAUGCCAAUUCCCUGCAGCAAACGCAAGCACCAAACAACUCCGGCUCAGUAAUGGUGCAACGCCAACCAUAUAAAGCUGUUUACAACUACAAACCGCAGAAUUCAGACGAGUUGGAGCUCAGAGAAGGAGACAUUGUACAAGUGGUGGAGAAAUGUGAUGAUGGCUGGUUUGUAGGUACGUCAGAACGGACUCGUGCUUUUGGGACUUUUCCUGGGAAUUACGUGGCACCGGUUUGACUUCCUCACUUACUGCUUGCCCACAUCCAUCAGGAGUCAUAAGAGCCCAAUUAAUAAUGCCAUUAUCCACCACACUCCCAUGCGUUGAUUAGUACAGCCUGCAUGUUCACCCUGUUUCCCACAGGAGAGGUGAAGAAAGGGACUUUGUGUGAUUUCUCACCUCACCCCUCUGCAUGUGUCUGUGUGUGCUGCGCAGAGAUUCUGAGUGUCUACAAGCACUUCACUUCAGAGGGUUGAAUGAAUGCAGAUGACACUGUUUCAGAUUAAAAGAAUGGACUUUAUUGUUCCAUGACUAUUUGCAGCUGCAGGAAAUUUGCAUUCCUCCCCACUGAACAGCACUGUUCCCUCAGAGGCCCUCACAGUAUGAUGCUGCAUUCAACUUUCCCUCACCAUUGGUGCCACCACAAACCACUGAAAUUUCAGUGCAGAUUAGGAUUUUUUUUUCCCCAGCUUUCUUUAAAUAUUAAUAUUUCCUUCAAAUAUUUUCCCCAGAUUUUCUUUCAGAUCUCUGAACAUACCCGGUGCAGGUUUGAGGAAACAACAUGAAAAUCUGUAAAUGGUGCUCAAAGUGAUGCGCAGUGAGGGCUCAGACAUAUCAAGAUAUAAAUGCUGAAAAGUAUAAAAUGCAUGUGCUGGUUGAUUAUGCAAGUUAUUGAUUGUAUAAUGGAUGAUAUUUCACCCUUUUAAGUGAUGGAGUUAAAUGGCAAAUUUGAAAGUAAAGAGAGGACAUGUUCAGUGCUGUAAGAGAAGUAUUUGCUUUGAAACCGAAUGCACAAGAUGAAAUAUGUUAAUGUCUCUAAGUCAAAUCUAGACAAUGGCUUCACAGCAAAUGACUGAAUGAUCUUUUGAAGUAUCUGAAUUUAUUCUGAACGUGCCAAAACUAAUCUUUAAUCACAUGCCUCUGUUAAACUGCAUACACCCAGCUCACUUUAUUCUUGCUACAUUUUUUUUACUACUGCUUUUACAGUGUUUUCCCUGCUUACGGGUUGAACAGUCACAUUUUGAAAACAGUAUUCAUAAAAGCACGUAUUUUUGUGCCCGUGCAACCUCUGAGAGUUUGUAAUCCUAAUUAAAGCAUCCUUAUUCUAAAGUUAUUUUACAAGAUAUAUUCAUGAUUUCAUUGUAAAAAAAAAAAAAAUAUAUAGAUAUUUAGCAGACACAGAAGAUGAUUGUACAGACUGUAACCUGUCAUCAAAUG